AGGAAACAUGGACACCCAGGAACCAGAGCCAAUGGCAUGAGCCAAGGGACAGUGAACGGAGCCAAAGCCCAUGAAGGACACCAGCUGGCACAACCAAGGCACCAGGGGAAAACUGCCCAUCCUGGUAUCAUCUGUGGUGAGUCUGUACUUCCUUGAGUGGACGGAUGUGUUCAAGCCAGUUAAGUCUGGCUUCAACUGCCAUGACCGCAGCCUGAGCCUGCCCUACAUCGACCCCAACCACGAAGUCAUCCCCUUGCUGAUGCUGCUUAGCCUGGCCUUUGCUGGACCUGCCAUCACAAUAAUGAUCGGAGAGGCCAUCCUGUUUUGCUGUCUGUCUCGGAGAAAGAACGGUGCUGGUGGUGCCGAGGCCAACAUCAACGCAGCCGGCUGCAACUUCAACUCCUUCAUACGCAGAGCCGUCCGAUUUGUUGGAGUUCAUGCAUUCGGUCUUUGUGCCACGGCCCUCAUCACUGACAUCCUCCAACUGAUGACCGGGUACCCAACACCAUACUUCCUCACUGUGUGCAAACCCAACUACACCACCCUUAAUGUCAGCUGUGAGCAAAACCCCUACGUGAUGGAGGAUAUCUGCUCAGGAAGCGACCCUGCAGCGAUCAACCAGGGCAGAAAAUCCUUCCCGUCGCAGCAUGCUACCCUUGCAUCCUUUGCUGCAGUCUAUGUUUCGAUGUACUUCAACAGCACUCUGACGGACUCAUCCAAGCUACUUAAGCCCCUGCUUGUCUUCUCCUUUAUUAUGAGCGCCAUCAUUUGUGGUUUGACCAGGAUUAUUCAGUACAAGAACCACGCCAUUGAUGUCUACUUGGGCUUCCUGCUUGGAGGCGCUAUUGCUGUCUACCUGGGAUUGUAUGCAGUUGGAAAUUUUCAGUCUAAUGAGGAGAUCAGCUGCAGUCCUCCUGCUCUUGUGCACCGCCCGCCUUGCUCCUUGCCACAUAUUAGCCAGGAGGCUGUCCUCCAUCAUCUGCAAAUGAAAGCUAGCUUAUCUGGGGAGCCUACCAUCCCCACCUCCCACUCUGAGGGCCUGCUCCACCGAGGCCUUCAGCAGCAGAGGCCUGACGACAGCCUGAAGCGCUCUAGUGCUGAUGUGGAAGUGAUAUCCCCCCGCAGCCCCCACAGCAAAGAUGCCAUGGUGACCUUUAGCCACACUCUCCCCCGGUCCACCCCACAGGCUAUGGCAGCAUAUGAAGAAGCCGCUAGACGCCAUGCCGCCACCCUGCACCAUGCCUCCAUGGACUCUAGCCGCUCCAAGCAGCUUUUGUCUCAAUGGAAAAGUAAGAACAACAACCAUAAAUGCUCCCUUCAGGUCCCAGACUCAUUCUCGUCAUCUGUAGACUCAUCAUCAGGGCAGUCCUCCCAGCAUCCACACCACCACGUGAAUCCAAUCUGA